AUGAAAUCAUUGGUCUCACUGAUUUUGGUGCUAGUCUACAUUUUACAACUAACCGACGCUGCCACAGACGCAGUUCCACCAAAUUGCUUAGGAAAAACCUUCAACGUUGACCCGUUCUUUUGCUGCAAAACUCCGAAACUCUUAGAUGAAGCCGUUGUCAAGCAAUGCCUGCAGUUGUUCCCACCGCCGAGUAAUCAGAAGGAUGAUAUUAAACCAGAUUGCAUGUCAGAAUGUGUGAUGAAUAGGACCGGCAUAUUCAAUCGGAAAAGCAGCGUCGUCGACGAUAAAGCCAUGAACGUAUUUACCGACAAUCUGGAAGAAAACUCUCUCUGGGUACAGGUGGUCGAAACUGCCGUCAAGGAAUGCCUCGAUCAAGCAAAUUCGCGCAAACAAGUCUUCGACACCGACAUGAGUACACUGAAAAAAAGGUUCAAUAACGACAGGAUUUGUUCACCUGCAGCCGGAUUCAUUAUGGAGUGUGUCCAUGUUUCAGUUUACAAGAAUUGCCCUGCUAAAAUCUUUAAGAGCAGUGAUACUGGAUGUGCAGCUAUAAAGAAGCACUUGACUCAAUGCCCAUUCUUUACCAUCUUUCCAGACGGAAAUACAAAGAAAAAUUGA